AUGAUACAAAAACUAUCACAAGAUGCAACUAUAACAAUACGACCGGCGGACAAGGGAGGCGGUAUUGUGAUACAAAAUUACAGGGAUUACGCAUUGGAAAUCCAGAGACAGCUGGAUGAUGUGGACACUUAUCAAAUAUUGAAAGGGGAUCCAACUAUGGAUAUAGCACAGAAAAUACAAGAAACCCUUACCUUUGGGUUAAGAGCAGG